AUAAAAAACAGAUAAAAAUAUGAGAAGUCGGUAUGGAAGAUAUCUAUUUUCAAUCAACCCUUUGAGGAUGUUAAAAAUAAUAAAUUCUCUCCUUAAACAAAUUCAAACCAAAGAUCUUUCAAAAUACCAAAAAUCUUUCUGAAAAAAAUGUAAUUCAAGUUAAUUUAACUCUUUAAUAAAAAGUAAUUCAUCUCUUGAUUCUAUUUGUACAAGAAGUGAUAACAGCAGUGAAAUGGAGGACAAAUCGGCUCUUGUAGAAGAAAAAUCCGAUAAAAUAAUGAUAACGAGAAUAAUCGGUGAGAUGAAGAACAAUUUUAAUAAAUCAGAAAAUUCCGAAAUCGAUCUCGAUGUAAACUCUUUAUCAAUUCAUGAAGACAUUGAAGCCAAUCAAAUUAUCCAAAAAGAAGAAGAUAACAGCGAAAAUAUUCACGAAAGUGAUGAUAAGGCAAUGAAUUUCGAUGUGUCGAACAUAAACCAAUUAAAAAACGACGAAAAUUUCACCGAAAUUCAUCAAGAAAAAUUACAAGUUGAAUCACCAAAAGAAAGUGUUGAAAAACAAGAAAUUGAGGUUAGGAAAUUAUUAGUUAACUCAAAAGCGAAUAAUAAAAAGAACACCAAACCGAUGAAUCAAGUAUUAAAACGGUCAAUUCGACAAAGAAAAAGUAAGGACGGCGAGUCGGUGUUACAAAGUGCGAUUUUACGGAAGGAAAAAUCUUAUAAUGAACCCGCUCGGUCACAAAGACCCACGCGACAAUUAAAAUUAACCCCGAAAAUAUUAGAAAAUUUAGGACAAUUUUCUUCGAAUCGAGAGAAAGUUAAAACCAGCAAAAAUAAUAAACAUAAAGUUUUGGAUAAAUGUUUUAAACGCGUUAAACGAACUAAAUUGGAUGCUUUUGAAGAAGAAAAGUGUUUUCGGAGGUCACAAAGAAAAUCGACAAGUCGUUUUAAAGAAAUUAGUCAAGAUAAUUCUCAAAUUAACACAAUAGAAAAUUCUGAAAACUUUGAUGAACCUGAUUCAAAUUCAAAGUUAUGUUUUUGCACAGAAAAAUCAAAUAUUUAUUUAUCUACAAAUGCAGGGGAAGUUUUUUGUCAAGCUAUUGAUUGUUUUGAGGAUAAACAACUUGGUUGUAAUAAUUUGGUGAAUGUAAAAGAUACUCCAAUGAUGAGAACUUCGUGUCGAGUGCCUUUUGGGGUAUUUUGCAAAGUUCACACCAACCGAAUGUUGAAACAUAAUCGAUGUCCGUCUUGCGGAUUAUUUUGCAUGCAAGGUAAAUUCGUAGAGUGCGUAAAUAAACAUCAUUAUCAUCGAUUAUGUUCAAAUGCGAACUGUCCUCAUUGUGGAGCUCCAACACCAAAACACGACGUACUGAUUAAAAUGCAUUCAUCGAAAAAUCCUGUUAUACUUGAUAAGCAACGUAAAUUUUAUCCUACAGCAAAAAUGACCUUUCCAAAUAAAUUCUUAAGUGUAACCCGAACCGAUAGAGAUUCACCUUUACUCACAAUGGAUGUUCAUGAAUACGACAUUCGUCCAAGUAAUAAAAAGGUGGAUGCAGAAACAAUUAUUGAUACAAUUAAAAAAGGCGAUAUUGACGAAUUGGCCCAAAUUUUAGGGUCAAAAUUGUUUCAAUUGGAAAUUUUGUACAAUACAACAGGUGAAAAUGAUUCCAUUAUACAUUUUUGUGCAAAAAAUGGAUAUCUCUCUGCUCUACAUAUGUUUUAUUCAAUAAAUGCUGAAUUUGAAAUUUUGGAUAAAGAUCAAAAUACACCCUUAAUGGUUGCUAUUAUUGCAUUUAAAAAUGAUGUUGUUAAGUAUUUAAUUAAAUCUGGAGCUAGUAUUUCUUUUAAGGGUGUUGAUGGAAUGACAGCUCUUCAUUUAUCAGCACAACAUGGUAAUUUAGUUGCUUGUGAAUUAUUACUACAAUCGGCAAUAAAUAAAAAAGAUUAUAUUAAUAAAUGUGAUGAUGGUGGAUGGACAGCUUUAGUUUGGGCGUGCGAAUAUUCCUAUUCAGAAAUCGUGUUGUUCUUCUUACGAAAAGGUGCUGAUCCUAUGGUGCAAGAUUUAAAACAAAACGUUGCGUUACAUUGGGCAGCUUGUAGCGGUUCUCAAGACUGCUUGGGGUUUCUAUUAGAUUACGGGAGUAACGUUAAUUGCGUAAACGUUCAAGGAGACACCCCACUUCAUAUUGCAGCGCGUGAAGAUAAGUACAAUGCAGUAAUUUUAUUACUUCUACGAGAAGGUGAUGCUUCGCUUUCAAACAAAUUAGGUGAAACGCCAAUUGAUUGUGCUUUAGAAAAUGGAGAUUGUUUUCGAGCGAUUAAUUUAAACGUGCAGUUAAGAACCAUUUGGUGGAGGCAGCAAAAAAAUAGAAUAAUCCUUACAAAUGAUAUUACAAAUGGUCGGGAAUUAAAUCCAAUUCAAUGCGUCAACCAAGUCGAUGGUGAUCCCAAACCUGGUGAUUUCGUUUAUAUAACCGAUUAUUGUUUCACCAGCGAUAUUAACGUUGACAUUAAAGUAACCUCUUUACAUCAAUGUACAUGUGAAGAUGAUUGCAAUACCGAGUGUAUUUGUGCCCAAAAUUCUUUAAAUCCUUAUGAUGAAGAUGGAAAAUUAGUCGAUUUUAAUUUUUAUGAUCCACAACUAAUCUUUGAAUGUAAUAAUUUAUGUCCUUGUAAUCAAUUAACUUGUUCUAAUCGAGUUGUUCAAAAAGGAUUAAAUUGUCGUUUUCAAGUGUACAAAACAGAGUCGAAAGGUUGGGCUGUAAAAUCGUUACAAAAAAUCGCAAAAGGUCGCUUUGUUUGCGAGUACAUUGGUGAGAUCAUUGGUGAAUUGGAAGCAGAUCAACGAUCUCAAGAUGAUUAUCUCUUCGAUUUAAUGGACGAUAAUAAUCGGGAUGCAAACGGGUUUUGUAUCGAUGCGAAACGUUACGGAAAUGUGGCGAGAUUUUUUAAUCACAGCUGCGAUGCGAAUUUAACGCCCGUAAAGGUAUUCAUUAAUCACCAGGACGUUAAUUUUCCGAGGAUUGCGCUUUUUGCUAAUCGGGAAAUUCAAGCCGAAGAGGAAUUAUGUUUUGACUAUGGAAUAAAAUAUUGGUUAAUCAAAAGUAAAAGUUCGACAUGCGAAUGUAAAAGCUCUAAAUGUCAAUACUCGAAGGUGAUGAUCGAGGAAACUUUGGAGGCGUAUCGGGUUCAAAUCAACGACGCUGAUAAAAAAAUUAAUUAAGGUCAGGUUAUUAUUAUUUCUUUUAAUUGUAUUUUAAGUUAUGU